AUGCUUAAACAUCACACAACAACUCAAUUGUAUACACUCGAUAGUGAAUGUAUUACGCUGAAUAAUACAUCAAUUCGGCAGCAGCAAUUUAAUUAUAUUUAUGAAAAACGGCUAUGGGGUAGUAAUUCUAGAAGUGGACCAGGUUCGACCUACGAAGGUGCAUUUGAUUGGAUAAAAUAUUUGACUCAAAUCGUGCCACAAUACAAUAUUUCAUCAAUAGCCGAUAUACCAUGUGGUGAUACAUACUGGCAAUUUGGAGUCAGAGAAAUUAAUACCAUUGCGUUUUAUUUUGGUGGGGAUAUCGCAUCGGCAUUAAUAGAAAAAAAUCAGUAUUUAUAUCAAUUACAUCAAAAUAAACUAUUUCAAUAUUGGGACAUUGUCCAAUGUGAAUUGCCGACAUUUUCAUUCAGAAACAUUACCAAACAAUCAUUCGAUCUAGUGAUAGUCAGAGAUGCUAUUCAACAUAUGAGCAUUAAAAAUGGUUUAAGAGCAGUGAAAAAUGUUGUUCUAAGUGGUGCAAAAUAUUUUGCUGUAUCUUCAUAUCCUGCUCCAUGCGUUGAAAAAAUAUGUGCUGUUAGAAAUAUUGUCGAUGGUGGUUUCUAUCAUAAUAAUAUUAAUUGUCCACCAUUUAACUUUCCUAUAAAUGCUACUAUCUUUAAACAACCAUCACAUAGUCAAUUUAAAUCCGAAAAGGAUGAAUUUCAUAUGUACAAAAUUGAUGAUAUCCUAAAACAAAUUGUGAAACAAUAUGACAAGGCUUGUAUGGCUUAA